UUGCCUACCACGUCACCAGCUAGCUCAUCGGAUACCCUUUUAACUUCACUAAACCCAGAUUACACCACCGGCCAAACACCAGCUCUCAAUUUCUAGUUUCGUCCAAUUUUUGAAUUUCUUGUGUGUCCACACUAGUUUUACUCAGCCAACCAUGAAAUUCUCUCUGCAAUCAAAAUCCUCUGCAAAACCUAAACCAAUUCAACCAAAAUUCGAUGAAGCCACCAACAACGACCACCAAGAAUCCAAACACUUACAAUUCAUCACCCAAUUCGACGCCUCCGAAACCCUAGCCCGCUCCAACCAACCCAAGAAUCCCGUAAUCCCCCCUAUUCCUAACCAAUGGAGGCCCCACAAGAGGAUGAAGAAUCUGGAACUUCCCAUCACCUCCAAAUCCGAUGCCUCCGGGGCCCUCUCCUUCGAGCUCGAAUCACAGGACCCCUCCCGCCACGGCCCCGAUUCCAACAUCUCCUACGGUCUCAAUCUCCGCGAGAAAUCGGAAUACAAGGACGAUGGUGAACGGCUACGAUCUACUGCUCCUGUUCCGGUUGAGGCGGCGUUGCUCCAGAAGCUCAAGGACGACCUGGAUAGGCUGCCGGAGCAUCGCGGCAUGGAGGAGUUCGACGAUGUCCCCGUCGAGGGCUUCGGCGCCGCCUUGCUCGCCGGCUACGGAUGGCACAAAGGGAGAGGGAUCGGGAGGAACGCCAAAGUGGACGUGAAAGUGGUUCAGUACGAGAAGCGGGCGGACAAGCACGGCCUAGGGUUUAUCAGCUCCGACGAGAGAGACAAAGAGGAGGAGGCCAAAGCCAAAAGGCGCGACACGGAAAGGAGGUCCUCCAACGCUGGCAAACAGAGUACGCGUUCGAAAGUAGUAGAGGAAGAUGAAGAAGAACCGAAGAAGGCAAAGGCGAAAAAGAGUGGACAAGUGUCGUGGCUGAAGAGUCACAUUCGGGUGAGGAUAAUAAGCAAGCAACUCAAAGGAGGAAGACUCUACUUGAAGAAGGGGGAGGUUGUGGAUGUGGUAGGACCAACCACGUGUGAUAUAUCAAUUGACGAGAGUAGAGAGCUCAUUCAAGGGGUCUCCCAGGACCUUCUUGAGACGGCGCUCCCUCGCCGCGGGGGACCCGUGCUUGUUUUGUAUGGUAAGCACGAGGGGGUGUACGGGAAUCUGGUUAGGAGGGAUUUGGAACAAGAAUCUGGCUUGGUUCAGGAUGCCAAUAACCACGAGUUGCUCCGUGUGCCACUUGAACAAAUUGCUGAGUAUAUUGGGGAUCCCAGCUGCCUUGGAUAUUGAUCACUGUCUAGAUGUGCAAGAGAAUGAUCAGAGUUUGAUGAUGUUACAAUUGAAAUGAAGCACAAACAAGAUACCUUGGUUCGGCAGGCAGCAUUGUAUUCAAGUGUAUUGUCUUGAUGUAUUACAAGAACAGCCGAGGCUGAAAUUAUCAUAAGCAGGGUCAAAUGCUGCUUUCUUAAAUACUUUUUCUAGUUGAAGUACACAUAAAAGUUUCAUGUGCCCAUGAAGCAGGAAAGAGAGAGAAAAGGGGGUGGCACUGAAUACUACAAAGUAGCGGCAGCAAUGAAGUCGAUGCAUGGAGGAUGAUGAAGUCAAUUAACGCAGAGGGAAAAAUAGAGCUGUUUUGUUUCCAAAUACAAGAGGAGAGUUACCUAUUCCCAUGAAAUUCUAAACCCCAUUAAGUACCAACUAAAGAUUAAAUUUCAUUUUUCUAGUGAUA